AAAGAAACUAACAAUCUUUAUCGCCCGCUCGAAAAACCUAGCGCAGUCGCCAUGGACGAAUCCGCGAUCAAAGGUGUGGAAUUGAACGGUAGUGAUGCAGAGAACCGAACAAGCCGCAUUAGCAGGAUUUUAGUUGAGGGACACGACAUCUCUCGUCCUAGGGCAGAUGUCCAUAAGGCUUUGAGAGAGCACUUCGCUUCAUGUGGAGACAUAUUAGAUGUUUAUCUUCCCACAAACUUUCAGAAUGCUAUUCUCAGCAGAUACGCCUUCAUUUAUGUUAACAGCGGAGAAGGUCAAGAAGAGGCGUUGAGGCUUAAUGGAAGUGACAUGGGAGGACGGAUUGUACGCACUGAGUCUUACCCGUUUCACCAACAAGACCAUGAUGAUUACUUCCCUCCUAUGUCUGCCGCAGACCAAUCCACACAACGCGUGUUUGAAAUUACGGGUUUUGACACUUCCCUUACUAAGGCUGAUAUCCAUACAGCUCUAGAUAAACAUCUCCGUGUACAAGGUGUUUCUGUUUACGGAGACUACAGCAGCGGCAUUCGCACUCUCAAAAGCACUGCUCGCAUUUAUACCUUUGGACAUGCCAAUGUUGAGAAGGCGCUGGAACUUAGUGGAAGUCAUCAUGUGGAAGGCUUUACUACUUUUGUAGUUACUCGGGUUUUGCCAUUGCUUAAAAGUAUCAAGAUGGGCUACACUAUCCCGCGUUCUGCCGUGGAACGCUCGGCAAGGGAGAAUCGCUUGCGCUUGGCUAAGAAUUCUGCUGCCAAGUAGAAUAAAAGAGAAGCACAUAUCCUCUUUAUUUUGUGGUUUUAAGUUAUGAUGAUCGCAACCCUUUUUUUCUUUUCUUUUGUCUGGAUGUUUAAUAUUACCGCAACUAUGUUGGUUUCGUUUUUGUGUGGAUGUUUGAAGUAAGUUCAAUAAUCAUUAUGUGAACUUGGUUGCGUAAAUCGAUAUAUGCAAUAAUUGCUGGUGGUCGAGCCAAUGGCAUGAUGAUCGCACCCUUUUUUUCUUUUCUUUUGUCUGGAUGUUUAAUAUUUACCGCAAGUAUGUUGUUUUUGUUUUUGUGUAAUGUUUGAAGUAAGUUCAAUAAUAGUUAUGUGAACUUGGUUGCCUAAAUCGAUAUAUACAAUAAUUGCUGGUCAAGCCAAUGGCAU